AGGAGGAUCAUUCAGUCCUAGAGGGCCAGACCUGGGUCUGGCAGACCAUGCUGGCCUUUGCAGACUCCAUGGUCCUCCGCUGCGCCGUGGAGCUCGGCAUCGCCGACAUCAUCCACGAGCACGGAGAGCCCCUCUCCGUCCCCCGCCUCGCCUCCCUCCUCCCCUCCCCGCCACCCAAUCCCACCUCCCUCCUCCGCAUCAUGCGCUUCCUCGCCCACAAGAAGAUCUUCAGCACCCAUUCCCACACCGAGACAGGCGAGACCCUCUACGGCCUCACCCCGGCCUCCGGCGUCCUCGUCCGCUCCUCCGACCUCUCUCUCGUCCCGAUGGUCCUCUUCGAGACGCACCCCCUCCCCGUCUUGGCAUGGGGCAGCUUCACCGCCAGCGUCCGCCAGGGCGGCGCGCCGUACAUCGUGGCGCACGGCAUGGACAUGCUGUUCGGGACCGCGGCGACGAACCCGGAGUUCAACGCGGUGUUCAACAGCGCGAUGGCGUGCACUGCCAAAGGCACCCUCGACGCCGUCAUCUCCGCGUACAAGGAUGGGUUCGCGGGCUUGGGCUCGCUUGUGGACGUCGGCGGGGGGACCGGGGCGACGCUGGGGGCGAUUCUGAAGUUGCACCCUGGCAUCAAGGGAAUCAACUUCGAUCUGCCGCAUGUCAUCGGGGGUGCGCCGGAGUACCCCGGCGUAACGCACGUCGCCGGGGAUAUGUUUAAAACCAUCCCUCCGGCGGAUGCCGUGUUCAUGAAGACGGUGAUGCACUGCUUUGGAGAUGAGGAGUGCGAGAAGGUCUUAAGGAACUGCCGAACUGUGAUCCCACAGAAGACUGGGAAGGUCAUAAUUGUGGACGUAGUAUUAUAUCCUUAUGACGAUAGCCCACUGGGAGACAUACGGGCGAAAUUUGACAUGCUGAUGUUUGCCUACACCUCAACCGGAAAGGAAAGGACUGAAGAGGAGUGGAAGAAGCUUCUGAAAGCUAGUGGCUUUCCUCGGUGGAACAUUAUUAGAAUUCCGGCCAUAUGGUCCAUUAUUGAAGCAUUUCCUGAGUAACUGCUCAUUUCGAACAUAGUUUACUGGGCUUCUAGCCUCAACCAUGUAUUACUUAGUGCCAGAAAAACUAAAAUCCAUCUUUGGAAGCUGAUGUAUGAAAUAAAGCAGCUCGAUUGCUUUUCUAAUUA